AACACCUACCUUGCUAAACGAAGCCCACUAUGGAGUGGAGAACUUUGUGGUGGUGUAUCUUGGCUUUGUCCGUAACUGGUGUUAUCGCUUUGAAAGCCAAAAAGGGUCGCAGCAGCAAUCAUGUUAACAGCAUCUGCAGCACCUGGGGCAGGCAACACUUCAAGACCUUUGAUGGACAGCUAUACCAGUUCCCUGGCAUGUGUGAAUACACUCUGGCCUCCAACUGCCACGGGUCUUACCAAGAGUUCUCUGUGCUGAUGAAGAGGAGUGAGGCUGGUGGCAACCCUACUGUCAGUUAUGUAGUGGUCACCAUCAGCGACCUUGACUUUCAUCUAACCAAGAACUUGAUCAGGGUGAAUGGCGAAGUCAUUGAUCUGCCAUACUACAAAGCAGGAGUUCAGCUGGAACGAAAUGCAAUUUACACCAAGCUUCACUCUAAAGUUGGCAUCACUGUCAUGUGGAAUGGUGAUGAUGCAGUAAUGGUUGAACUGGAUCCACAGUAUGCCAAUCGAACCUGCGGACUUUGUGGAGACUUCAAUGGUGAUUCUGUGUACAAUGAGUUCAUUCAUAACGGUCGUAUGAUAAGCCUGGUCGAGUUUGGCAACUUACAGAAAGUCCAUCGUCCGAACGACGAUUGUGAAGAUCCUUAUGAAAAUGAUGAUGAACCUACAGAUAACACACUGUUAGAAGACAAAUGCAAAGACUUUCGUGUCACCUGUAACCAGCUGCUGCAUUCAGAGUCCUGGAAGUCCUGUGGUACCCUCCUGGAUCCUGAGCCAUACCUCCAGGCCUGCGUCCAAGACAUGUGUGGCUGUGCCAACACCACAGAUGAUUUCUGCAUCUGCAGCACGCUUGCAGAAUUCUCCCGCCAGUGUUCCCAUGCAGGAGGGAGUCCUCCUAACUGGAGGACUCCCCAGUUCUGUGCUAAGCAGUGUCCAUACAACAUGGUGUAUUUGGAGGAUGGCUCUCCAUGCAUGGACACUUGCACACACUCAGACACAAGCUCACUGUGCGAGGAACACAAAAUGGAUGGAUGUUUUUGUCCUCCAGGGACGGUGUUUGAUAAUAUCUCAAAGAGAGGCUGCAUCACACAAGACCAGUGUCAGUGCAAGCAUGACAAGGUCUACAACAGUGGGGAGGUUUACAAACAGGACAAGGAGGAAUGUGUCUGUCACCAUGGCAAGUGGUCUUGUAAAAGCCUUCCGAGUCCUGCAACAUGUGCAAUUGAGGAGGGGUCACAUGUGACCACCUUUGAUGGCAAAGGCUUUAUCUUCCACGGAGACUGCUACUACACUCUGGCUAAAGUUGAGAACAAGGAGAGUGUGGUUCCCAAGUUUACCAUUCUGGUCCAGCUGGCUCCCUGUGUGAGCAACGAGCUUGAUACUUGUCUAAAGACAGUGGUGGUCCUUCUGAACAAUGACAGAAAUAAUGCCUUGGUGUUUACAGCUAACGGAAAAGUAAAGCACAAUGCAGAGAUUAAUUUGCCCUACAGCACAGCUGACAUCAACAUAUUCCAGCCUUCAUCUUUCCACAUCAUUCUCCAAACCAGCUUUGGGUUGCAAUUACAAAUCCAGCUUGUCCCCAUAAUGCAAGUUUAUGUGACACUGGACCAGAUGCAUAAGAUGAAGACCAGAGGUUUAUGUGGGAACUACAACAUGGUUCUGGGUGACGACAUGAAGAGCCCUCAGGGGAUUGUGGAGGGUACAGCAUCUUCCUUCGGGAGCUCCUGGAAGAGCAAUCCCAGCUGCCCAGACCGGGUGGAGAGGCUGGAUGACCCAUGUGCACUUAGUGUGGAGAAUGAGAAGUAUGCUGAACACUGGUGCUCACUGCUAAAAAAUCCAGAAAGCACUUUUGCCAAGUGUCACACCUCAGUUGAUCCUGAAAUGUACUUCAAGCGCUGCACAUACUCCAGCUGUAACUGUGAAAAGAGUGAGGACUGCCUGUGUGCGGUGUUCUCCUCUUAUGCCCGAGCCUGUGCAACCAAAGGAGUGGUCUUGACAGGCUGGAGAGAAAACGUGUGUGACAAGUACACAAGGAGCUGCCCAAUAUCUCAGACCUUCUCCUACCAGCUGCAGAGAUGCCAGCUGACCUGCAGAUCACUGAGUUCAGAGCGACAGGGCUGCACCUUGGACUUUCAGCCUGUGGAUGGCUGCUCCUGCCCUCAGGGUCUCUACCUGGAUGAUAAAGGUGUCUGUGUGCCCGUGGAUAAGUGUCCUUGCUACAAUGACGGUGUCCACGUCAAACCAGGGAAGUCCAUCAACAUCAGAGACGAGCAUUGUAUCUGCACCAAUGGCAAACUUCACUGUCGUUCUUGGAAAGUUCAUCUCCACUCAGAGACCUGCCCAUCCACAAAAGUGUUCUUCAACUGCUCUACCGCUGGUUCAGGGGAGAUUGGAGUACAAUGUGCUAAAAACUGUAGAAAUCUGGACAGUGACGACUGUUACACCUCAGAGUGUCAAUCCGGUUGUCAGUGUCCUAGUGGCCUUGUUGAUGAUAACAGAGGUAACUGUGUGAAAGAACAUGACUGUCCAUGCCUCCAUGAUGGGUUGUACUAUGCUUCGGGACAACGUAUCCCAGUCCAGUGCAACACAUGCACCUGCAAGCGGGGACAUUGGGAGUGCACAGAUAAGAAGUGCUCUGGAACCUGUACAAUUUUCGGCAGUGGUCAUUACAGCACCUUUGACCAGCGAACGUAUGGGUUUAGUGGUGAAUGUGGCUAUGUGGCUCUCCAGAAUAAAUGUGGGGAAGGGACAGUCCAGGACUUUGGAGUGAUUACAGAGAACAUACCAUGUGGAAGUACUGGCACAACGUGCUCCAAAUCUGUCAGGAUUAAGCUGGGGAGAACAGAGUUAAAACUGUCACAUGGAUCAUAUGAAGUAACGGAAACAGAUGAAGGUGUUCAAAUCAAAUACAAUGUGAGGAACGUUGGAUUGUACCUGGUCGUAGAGUCUGCUAUAGGACUGUCUAUAUUGUGGGAUCGCAAAACCACAGUCCGCAUUAUCCUUGAACCACAUCAUAUGGGAGAAGUCUGCGGCCUAUGUGGGGAUUACAAUGGGGAUGCCCAGAAUGACUUCACCACACAAAGCCAGAUAACUGUUAGCAGUGUUCUGGAGUUUGCAAACAGCUGGCAAACAUCAUACUAUUGUCCAGAUGCAGAAGCAAACACAGAAUCGUGUGUUGACAGACCCAAUCGUCAUAACUGGGCCAAAAUGCAGUGCAGCAUUAUAAAAGGAAUUACUUUCCAAGAUUGCCACAAAAAGGUGGAUCCUACACAAUUUUAUGAGAACUGUGUGAAAGAUUCAUGUGCCUGUGAUUCUGGGGGAGACUGUGAGUGUUUAUGCACUGCAGUAGCGGCUUAUGCUCAAGCUUGCAACGAAGCUGGAGUGUGUGUUAACUGGAGAACGCCUGAGAUCUGUCCUGUGUUUUGUGACUACUACAAUGAGCCCAAUGAGUGCAAAUGGCAUUAUAGCCCAUGUCACACACCUUGCUACAAGACCUGCUUGAAUCCACAAGGCAUAUGCAGCAACCCAAUUCCAAACCUGGAAGGCUGUUACCCAGUGUGCCCAGAGGAUAAACCCAUAUUUGAUGAAAAGAACCAGACAUGUGUUGAAAAGUGUGACGUCUGCAUAUACAAUGGAACUGUGUAUGAGGAUCACGAAGUUAUUUAUAAUGUGACUGAUAACCUGGGAAUGUGCUACUAUUCCAUUUGCAUUAACGCAACCGCAAUCCAUAGCAAUGAAACUUGCUUUACAACACCAACCCCACCACCAACACCCCCAUCAACUUUGUCACCAUCGACAACUACCCAAUCUGUGACAUCACUUACUACAACGGAAAAACCCACGACAACCACCACUGUACAGACCACCACACCACAACCAACACCAACAGCCACCACAACUGCAGCUCCAACUCCUGAACCAACAGCAACACCAACCACCACCACAACUGCAGCUCCAACUCCUAAACCAACACCACCAACAACUACAACCACCACUACAACUGCAGCUCCAACUCCAGAACCAACACCAUCACCAACCACCAGCACAACUGCAGCUCCAACUCCUGAACCAACACCACCACCAACCACCAGCACAACUGCAGCUCCAACUCCUGAACCAACACCGCCACCAACUACAACAACCACCACAACUGCAGCUCCAACUCCUGAAUCAACACCAACACCAACCACCACCACCACAACUGAACCUCCAACUCCUGAACCAACAACAGCCCAAACUACAAAAUCGACAACUGUGAAAACUCCUGCACCUACUACACCAUGUAUUCCUACUUGUGAGUGGUCAGAAUGGUAUGACGAGGAUGACAGUUCAAGCAAAAGUGACUGGGAAACAUAUGAAAAUAUCACACAAAGUGGAAAGACUGUCUGUGAAAAGCCAUUGGAUAUUGAAUGUAAAGAUACGAGAUACCCUGAUAGGCCCCUUGAAGAAGUGCUUGUUGAUACCAAGCAAGUUGUGACAUGUGAUGUAAAUAUUGGUUUUAUUUGUAAAAAAGAGGACCAACCAAAGCGACCAGGAAAAUGCUACAAUUACAAGCUCCGUGUUUAUUGUUGCAUUAUUUGUACCACACCAACACCACCACCAACACCAACCACCACCACAACUGCAGCUCCAACUCCUACAACCACCACCACAAUUGAACCUCCAAUUUCAGGACCAACAACAGCCCAAACUACAACAGAAUCUGUUAUCACUGGUCCAACAAAAACAUCUCCAUCAACAGGUGAACAAAUUACCAAGAGUACUACUGUGAAUACUCCCAAACCAUCAACACCUCAUAGUACAACUGAAAAACCCACAACUACUACUACUGUGACCACCCAAAGUCCAACCACAUCUCCAACUCAAUCACCAACAACAUUAACGACAGAAUGCAUUUGUACUUUCAAUGGGAAGCACUAUAAACCAGGAGAGACCAUACUUGACCAGAAAGACAUGGGGUCAGGUAUAUGCCUUACCAUGAUAUGCUCCAACAUUUGUGAGAUUAAGAAUACGACAGGACCAUGUUUUGUUCCAACCCCACCUCCACCCACUUGCCCAGAAUGGGACAAAGUGCAAAACGAAACAUUUUUGAUUUGCAACUGUACAAUGGCCAGAUGCAUUGAGAAUAAUACCAUUGAAAUAGUUCUAUAUGAAUGUCCACCCCUUGAGAACAUCACUUGUGCCAAUGGGAUGAAUCCAGUUCUUGUUUAUGAUGAGAACUAUUGUUGCAAAUACUAUGUGUGUGACUGUAUGUGUGAAGGUUGGGGAGACCCUCAUUAUAUAACAUUUGAUGGGCUGAUGUACAGUUAUCAAGGAAACUGUACCUACGUCCUCAUGGAGGAGAUCAGACCUAAUCACAACUUAAGAAUUUAUAUUGACAACGUCUACUGUGAUCCCACUGAGGUUGUGUCCUGUCCCAGGUCAAUCAUCGUGUCUUAUAACAACCAAGUCAUAACACUGAAGAAUCACAACCUCAUUGGUGCUGUGCAGUUAGAGGCUCUUGCUGGCGACGUGGGCCUUGAUCUACCUUUUGCACGUCAUGGGAUAAAGAUUUUGAACUCUGGACUUAAUAUGGUUUUGGAGAUUCCUGGUCUACAAGUAGUUGUUACAUUUGGUGUCAAUGGCUUUAGUGUUGAACUUCCAUUUAAAAAGUUUGGAAACAACACACAGGGACAUUGUGGGACAUGCAACAACAAUCAGCAUGAUGACUGCAUGCUGCCAGGAGGCCAGCUGGUGAAUAGCUGUGCGGUUAUGGCAGAUUACUGGCCUGCCAAAGACCUGUCCCAGCCUGACUGUUUCGUGCCACCCUUGUUCCCACCCACCGACUCACCGGUUCAUCCUUCGCCAAAGCCAUGCAAACCUGAUUCCAUUUGUGAUCUUCUUAAGAGCAGCUUGUUUGAAGAAUGCCAUCCAUUUGUCUCACCUGACAAAUUCUAUGAGGGAUGUGUUUUUGAUGGCUGCCAUGUAUCCAACCCAACAGUUGAGUGCACAAGUUUGCAGACUUAUGCUGCUUCUUGUAUUCAGUUUGGAGUUUGCUUACACUGGAGGAACCACGUCAAAAUAUGUGCCAGCGAAUGUCCGGCAGACAAAGUCUACAACCCCUGCGGUCCUGCAGAGCAGCCUACCUGUGAUGAUAAUCCUGCUGAUACCCACUUGAAUUUUACAACUGAGGGAUGCUUUUGCCCAGAUGGCAUGAAGUUGUUUAACAAAAAGUCUCGAGUGUGUGUGGAUAAAUGUGGGUGCCUUGAUCCAGAAGGUGUACCACGAGAGUUCAAUGAGAGGUUUCAGUACAAAUGCCAGGACUGCAUUUGUGAGAAAUCCACCAAGACUGUGACUUGCAAGCCUAAGGUUUGUCCAGAGUCCCCUGUAGCCACCUGCACUGAUCCAGGGUUCAUCCUUGUCAACCAGACUAACCCGUCAGACUCCUGCUGCUUUAGCCUCGCUUGCGAGUGUGUCAGCAGUACUUGUCCAGCUAAAGACAUGAACUGUCCGAUUGGGUUCAAGCCUAUGGUCUCAGUGCCUGAAGGAAAAUGCUGCCCAGAAACCAAAUGUGAGCCUAAAAGAGUUUGUGUGCACAAAAUGAUGGAAUACCAGCCUGAUGCCUCAGUACCAGUGGUAGAAUGUCAAGACUGUACUUGUACGAGGGAGGAGAACGUCGAUGGCCUGUUAAAAAUAGUCUGUCACUUUCCAGAAUGUAAUAAAAGCUGUGAUCUGGGAUAUGAGUAUAUUGAGACUGACUCAGAUGAAUGCUGUGGGAAGUGUUUGCAGACACACUGUAUCCUCAAAAUGAAUGGAACCAACAAGUUGCUGAAGCCAGGAGAUGUCUGGUCAAUGUCUGGCAAUACAUGUGAAAGUUACAGUUGCUUUAGGAAUGGUGCGACCUAUGUAACCACCCGCUCCAAGAUCCAGUGUCCUCCAUUCCAGCAGAGCAACUGCCAACCGGAUUCAAUACAGACAGCAGCAAAUGGUUGCUGUAAAAUUUGUCAGGAGAAGGAUAAGGCCUGUAAGAUAGGAAGCAAGCAAACCCGCAUCAAUUACAAGGGAUGCCAGUCUGUGGAGGAAGUGGACAUGCCUUACUGUGAAGGAGCCUGCAACACUUUCACCAAGUACUCAGAGGUGGCUGCCAUCAUGCAGCAGUCCUGCGCUUGCUGCAAGGAGUUGCGCUCUUCCAACCGUACUGUUACCCUGCAGUGCCUGAAUGGAGACCAGGUUCCUUACACAUACAUGCACGUGGAGGAGUGUAGCUGCAGCCACACUGACUGCAACGGUGCUGGCAGAGGGCUUCUCCGCAAGGGCCGGAGUCUAAGAUUGGUCUGAAAGGGACUGCGACUCCCCCACCACUUUACUUUUACUUUAAGUUGUCUACCCUAGACCCUUACCUGUUAUCUACUAUAGAUUAUAUUUGAAAUGUAGAACUCAAAUCUUUUUAUCUUAAUAAAUGCAUCUGAAAAAAA